UUUUUUAUAGGAAUCUGUAAAAGUGACAUUGUUAGCAGAGAAUCUAAUGAAAGUACAGAAGCCUUUUCCCUUCUUGAUGAACAGGCCUCUUUGUCACAUGAAGCUCCAGCUAAGGUCCUCCAAGAUCUUAUUGCCUUGCCUUCCGCCACUUCCCCUUUGGUGGCUAUCAAGCGCCCUGUAAAGUUUAUGCACACACCUAAUAUGGCUGAAAACAAGUUGAAGCUGCUGGCUAGUGAAUGCAACGAGAUUUAUCCCACUUUGCCGGACGUGAUAAGCAACGAUGAAACUACACCGCCAGAUCUUCAGAAUGGGGAUUUAAAAAAGACAGAAAUUUGUGGAGCUCAGGGAGAUUUGCCUGCCUUUUCUGCGGGGGUUAUCAACAAACUUCGAUCUAGCCCUCCAAAAGAGGUAAUAAAAGCGAGACAAGAAAAUGUCGAAUCCUGCUCCGAAGAGGAUGUUGAAAGUCAGGGACUCAAAUUAAAAGGAACUAGAGAGAGUCUACGAGAUCAAACGGGUUUUCGAGACUAUCAGUAA